AUGCGUUACUACACAACUUUAGGCGCUGCCGCUUUGGCAUUCGUCACAACUGUAACAGCACAAGUUCCAGGCUUUAAUGCCAUCACAUCACCUUCUAAGGAUCAAAAAAUCGUAGCGGGUAAGGACUUCGACGUGAUAUGGCAACAUGGUGGUGCACCAGAUGAUGCGACCGUCACUAUCAAAUUGCUUCAGGGAAAGACACCUUCAACACUAGAUAUUGGACCAACCGUCGCAUCCAAUAUACCGUCGAAGUCUCAAAAAUUUACAUGGAGGGUUCCACAAGACCUUGGUCAGCACGAAACAUACGGUUUCUCUAUGGUACUAGACGGAAACGAACAGAUUUUUCAGUAUUCAAAUCCCUUCCACAUAUCCAAGAGUAAUGUAGAUAAAGGCGAAGGCAAUGAUGGAGCUGAGGAUGCCGAUAACCAGGACCAACAGCCUUCCGAAGUCCCCAAUGACGACGAUGAUGACGACGAUGAUGAUGAUGACGACGAUGAAGACCUUAACGGUGAAGAUAAACCUGAGCUUCAAAAUGAUAAAGUUCAGGGUGAAGUAAAAGCUGAUAUUAAAGACAACGUUCAAGCUGAGCCGAUUAAGAAGCCAGUUGAGAAUAUCCAAGCAGAACAGAUUAUUAAGCCGGCUGAGAUCGAUGAUAAUGAAAUCGACGGCAAAUUUGAUGAGCAAGCUGAGAAAAUUGAAUGGCAGUCUGAGAAACUUGAAGAGCAGGCUGAGAAACUCGAAGAGCAGCCUGAGAAACUUGAAGGCGAGAUCAAGAAAGAGGACACAAGCGUUGAAAAACUUGACGGAUCUAAUGAGGAUGACGAUGACGAUGAUGAUGACGAAGACGAUGAGGAUGAUGAGGACGAUGAAGACUCCGCAUCAGCCCCAAUUGCCAACCCACCUGGAACCAAGACCUCUUUGAAAGCUCCCCUCAAUGGAUAUCAAUUCCUAAACAACACUGGAGGGAACACUUACGUCAUCAAACCAUCUGCCUCGGCUCCACCCGCCGCUAUCAUCACCUCAACUGGUGUCGUCGCUCAACCCGGAUCAAAAACCUCAGCCCCCAAGCCCUAUGUAGAAGGUGGUGCCUCGGGCAUUGUCAUCAGCGGGACAACCCUAUUUACUUGCUUCGCAUUGGCCUUUGCGAUGGUCUUCUGA